GCCACCACCACCACCCCUCGGCGUCCCGUAUAAAACCAACCUCCUCCCCCCUCCCUCCCCCUUGUUCACGAAAAGCUCGCGCCGCAGAGGAACACACACCACCGCGUCGCCACCGAGCUUGCAACAGAGGCGCCGCGCCCGGCCCGUCGUCCUCGUCUUCAUUCCGCGCCGCCGGAGCAAGCAAGGGCGGGCGACGGGAGAGGAGGGGAGGGGAGCCUUGUCUUGUGACGGCCGGCCGGCAUGGGGAGGUCCCCGUGCUGCGAGCAGGCGCACACGAACAAGGGCGCGUGGACCAAGGAGGAGGACCAGCGCCUCGUCGCCUACAUCAAGGCCCACGGCGAGGGCUGCUGGAGGUCGCUCCCCAAGGCCGCAGGGCUGCUGCGGUGCGGGAAGAGCUGCCGGCUGCGGUGGAUCAACUACCUGCGGCCGGACCUCAAGCGCGGCAACUUCACGGAGGAGGAGGACGAGCUCAUCAUCAAGUUCCACGAGCUCUUCGGCAACAAGUGGUCGCUCAUCGCCGGGAGGCUGCCGGGCCGGACGGACAACGAGAUCAAGAACUACUGGAACACGCACAUCAAGCGCAAGCUCCUCGCCCGCGGCAUCGACCCGCAGACGCACCGCCCGCUCGCCGCCGCCGCCUCGCCGGGCCACCACCAGCAGCAGCAGCAUUACCAGCUGGAGGCAGCGCAGAAGCGGCACGCCGCUCCGGGUCACCAGCAGCAGCAGCCGCAGGACCGUUUCGAGGUCGUCUCGGACUCGCCCGAGGCCUGCAGCCGCAGCAGCGACGACGAGCCGCGGUCCGCCACGCCGCCGCCGCCUCCUCCGGCGCCGGCGCAGCGGCGGCGCCUCGACAUCGACCUCAACCUCUCCAUCAGCCUGGCGCCCUACCAGCCGCCGGAGGAGUCCACCACCGGCAACCCACCGAAGCAGGAAGCCUCGGCGGCGGCGACGACGCCCACGGCAGCAGGCCACAGCAGCAGCGCGACGGCGGCGGUGUGCCUGUGCCUCAACAGCCUGGGCUACCGGCCGGGCGUCGAGUGCGCCUGCGGCGGCGGCGCCGCCGCCAGGCACCAGGAGCAAUGGGCUCGGAAUUUUUUACAGGCAGCAGCAGCACACUGCUACAGAGGCCAAUAGUGUAAGAGUGAUCGGUGACGGCGUGAGGGAUCGGAUGGCGGCAGAUUAUAGUUAAUUAACUACUUCCAGCAGGACUUGAAGCCACACAUGCAUGCUUAGCAGCUGCAGCUCCCUGCUGUAACAUGCAUCAUGGAUUGGGUUCAUGGCUAAUGAGGAACUGUGCUCUCGUUUUGUCGCUUCCGGUCUCGGCACCGUGAUCGAUCAUGCCUUGCCAUCAUCCCCUCCCUCGGUCCCUCCCAACAAAUCAUCUUGGCGACAUGCGUGUAGUGCUGGUACCAGCAGUUCAUGAUGAUCUGCUCUAACUCCAAACUCUACCUACCUCCUCA